ACAACUUCCGGUUACACCGGACAUGACGCCUUGUACUUGGCAUGCGCACAUUCCCAAAGAAGAAAAGUAGCAGUGUUUAGCGAACGGGAUUAAAUUGUAAACAUUAGCAACUGUGGGAUUUCACUGUGCUGUUGGGAUGGAAAUAUAAGGUUAACCUCUGAGUUUGGGAUCAAACUUUGUUCUUCGGUACAUGGAUGUAAAGCCAAUGCGCAGGGCCACCAGCGCACGCCAAGACACUACUGGAAUGGACAUCACCAGCCGCUGUACUCUGGGGGACCCCAACAAGCUCCCUGAAGGGGUCCCCCAGCCUGCACGCAUGCCCUACAUCUCAGACAAACACCCGCGGCAGACCCUGGAGGUGAUCAACCUGCUGAGGAAACACCGCGAGCUGUGUGACGUGGUGCUGGUGGUGGGUGCCAAGAAGAUUUAUGCUCAUCGUGUGAUCCUGUCCGCGUGCAGCCCCUAUUUCAGGGCGAUGUUCACGGGGGAGCUGGCAGAAAGCCGGCAGACUGAGGUGGUUAUUCGCGACAUCGAUGAGCGAGCCAUGGAGCUGCUCAUUGAUUUUGCCUACACCUCACAGGUGACUGUAGAGGAGGGGAACGUUCAGACGCUGCUCCCUGCAGCCUGCCUUCUCCAGCUGGCUGAGAUCCAGGAGGCCUGCUGCGAGUUUCUCAAGAGGCAGCUGGAUCCUUCCAACUGUCUGGGCAUCAGAGCCUUUGCCGACACACACUCGUGCCGAGAGCUGCUCCGCAUUGCAGACAAGUUCACCCAACACAAUUUUCAAGAGGUGAUGGAAAGUGAAGAGUUCAUGCUGCUGCCUGCCAACCAGCUGAUUGACAUCAUUUCUAGCGAUGAGCUCAACGUGCGGAGUGAGGAGCAGGUUUUCAACGCUGUGAUGGCCUGGGUGAAGUACAGCAUCCAGGAACGCAGGCCGCAGCUUCCCCAGGUCUUGCAGCACGUCCGCCUGCCGCUGCUGAGCCCCAAGUUCCUGGUGGGCACCGUGGGUUCAGAUCCUCUCAUCAAGAGUGAUGAGGAGUGCAGGGACCUGGUUGAUGAAGCCAAGAAUUACCUGCUGCUGCCACAGGAGAGACCCCUGAUGCAGGGCCCUAGAACGCGGCCAAGGAAACCCAUACGCUGUGGAGAGGUGCUCUUUGCAGUUGGGGGCUGGUGCAGCGGAGAUGCCAUUUCCAGUGUGGAGCGUUACGAUCCCCAGACCAACGAGUGGAGGAUGGUGGCCUCCAUGAGUAAGCGGCGAUGUGGCGUAGGCGUCAGCGUUCUGGACGACCUGCUUUAUGCUGUGGGGGGUCACGAUGGUUCGUCGUAUCUAAACUCCGUGGAAAGAUAUGACCCUAAGACCAACCAGUGGAGCAGCGACGUGGCUCCUACAAGCACGUGUCGAACCAGUGUGGGCGUGGCCGUCCUCGGUGGUUACCUGUAUGCGGUGGGAGGACAAGAUGGGGUCUCCUGUCUCAACAUUGUGGAAAGAUAUGAUCCGAAGGAGAACAAAUGGACCCGUGUGGCCUCCAUGAGCACCAGGCGACUCGGUGUAGCUGUGGCUGUGCUGGGCGGUUUCCUGUAUGCUGUUGGAGGAUCUGAUGGGACGUCACCAUUAAAUACAGUGGAGCGCUACAACCCUCAGGAGAACCGCUGGCACACCGUCUCUCCAAUGGGGACCAGGAGGAAGCACCUCGGCUGCGCCGUCUACCAGGACAUGAUUUACUCAGUCGGAGGAAGAGACGACACCACCGAGCUGAGCAGUGCCGAGCGCUACAACCCCAGGACCAACCAGUGGUCUCCUGUAGUAGCCAUGACGUCCAGGCGCAGCGGGGUGGGCUUGGCCGUUGUCAACGGUCAGCUGAUGGCUGUAGGAGGCUUUGACGGGACGACGUAUCUCAAAACUAUAGAGGUUUAUGACCCUGAUGCCAACACAUGGAGGUUGUAUGGAGGAAUGAACUACCGCCGGCUAGGUGGCGGGGUGGGUGUCAUUAAAAUGACUCACUGUGAAUCUCACAUAUGGUAACCGCUCCCUUCCACCCAGACACACUUCCCAGCAUGUCGCGAUGGAUGAGUCCCGUGCCUCUGAAAGGACACUGUUAAUUCAUGCGAGAGGAUCAGAGAAAACGGUGGGGGAGUUGAAGCAGAGAUGGACAGAGGAACAAAGCGUUGAACUCUACUUUAUUCCCGACGCCCACUCCAAGGUCAUUAACUUAGACACAGUGGUUGUCUUCAUCUCCUCACCAUAGUCAUCAUGAAGUGCACUGAGAGGAGAAGUACCAUUCAUCUUCCAGAGAAGCGUGGGGAGCGUGAACUCCUCCUCUACAACUCUUGGUCUUGGACAUUUAAAUGGAAUGAAACUAAAUGUUGAUUUUUGCUACUGGAGGUGAUGAUCUUUUCAUUUAUUUAUUUUUUAUUUACCCUUUGUUUUACCAGAAUCUUUUGUUAGGAAGUCUAAUAUCAGGAGUGACCUGGAUGAAAAACCACACAAACUGAAACAUCACUCCUUCAAUGAAUGUACCAUAAAACUGAAAAUAACACAAUAACUUGGUGUAACUGUAAAAUCGUAGCGUUGGCAGGUGAACUGUGAUUAACGGGGUCGUGACUGUAGGAAGCAUUUAGUGAAGUUUUAGCUUUCUCUAGAAGGAGCUGCACAUGCAAAUACCUUUUUUUGUCAUUGCUCUGUUUGAAGGUUCAGCAAAAACCAGACUAAGGUCUCUGUGAAAGGCUUCUGAUCAAAUACACACCCGAAUGUGUUUGUCUGAAAACUGUGAGAGUUGUCCAGCUGGAAACACACAGAGCACAAUGUAAGGAAGCAUCAAAGACCAACAUGCAGCAGAGGCAGCUCUCGUUUAUCUUCACAAUAAAAGAAAAGAUCGUUUUUUUAUGUUUGAGCUUCUUCAUAGAUUUCACUCUGCCUCCAUAUCAACCGGUAAUUUUUGAAACACCAUAGGCACCACCUGGAGCUCAGAAAAAAAAGGAUUGGAACAGCACUUCAUAAAAGUGUUAUUCCCCUUGAACAUUACAACCACAAACAUAAAUCUGUUUCAUUUUAGGUGAAUGGCAAGCACAAAUUGGAAGAAGAGUGAUAAAUAAUUUUCAAUUUUUUUUAAAGAUUGUUAUUUUUUCAUAUUUUAAGAAAUGUAUCAACCCAAUAAAAUGCAACAUUUGUGGUUGUAAUCUGACAAAAUGGGGAACAGUUAAAGUCUGAUGAAGGCCCUUUAUAUACUGUAAAGGGUGAAAUAAAGUCUGGUUUAUUUUGAGCUGAUGUAAUGUUGUAGGUGUUCCAUGUCGCCCCGUGAAGUCUUUCAGCAGUUUGGGUUUAUCCACACUUAUCUGUGAAUGUAUGUCUGCAGUAAGUGUCUAAAAGCUUGACUCCAACCUUGACUGGUUAGAGAAGCCCAACGUCGUUUAUCAUGGGGUUUCACUUGGGCUUUCAUUACACAACCUGUAAUUAUCCGUCAAUGUCAUUUGUCACAGUUAAUUAAAAAGAAUUUUGGGGA